AUGACUGAAGAGAUAACCGGUACGGUUACGGAACCGAUUGAUCUGGGUAAGACGAUUGGUGAAGUACUUCCUAAACUUGAUAGUGAAGAAGAGAUAGAAGUUCAAACGGAGCAUGGAUUCACGUGGCAUAUUGAUAGAUGGUAUGAAUUGACCAAUGAUAAGUAUGUCUCACAAAGAUUUAGAAUUGGUGAGUUUGAGUGGGAUUUGCUUCUCUUCCCACAGGGAAACCAGAAUAAGAGUCUGGCUGUUUACUUAGAACCGCAUGCGGAAGAGAGAAGAAAUCCAGAAUCGGAAGAAAUGGAGGUGGUGAAUCCUGACUGGUAUUGUUGCGCUCAGUUUAGCAUUGUGCUCUCAAAACCAGGAGAGGAUGACAAAGUCCACAUAGUCAACAGCUCGCAUCAUAGAUUUAAUGCCUCAGAUACUGAUUGGGGGUUUGCAAACUUUAUAGAUCUGAAUCAUUUGAAAUAUCCCACUAAAGGGCGCGUGUCGGGUCUUUUAAGUGAUUCGAAACUGAAUAUCACGGCAUACAUACGAGUCCUGAAGGACAAAACUGGGGUUUUAUGGCAUAAUUUUAUCAAUUAUGAUUCCAAGAAAGUAACUGGUUACGUGGGCUUCAGGAAUCAGGGGGCAACGUGCUAUUUGAAUUCAUUACUGCAGUCAUAUUUUUUCACAAAGUAUUUCAGGAAACUGGUAUACCAGAUACCCACUGAAAACGAAAAUCCUAAUGAUAGUGUGACACUUGCUCUACAAAGGGCAUUCUAUCAGCUACAGGUCUCUAAGUAUCCGUUGGAUACUAUGGAGUUAACGAGAUCGUUUGGGUGGGAUAAUGUCGAAGCGUUCACCCAGCAUGACGUUCAAGAGUUGAAUCGUAUUUUAAUGGACAGAUUGGAAACAAGAAUGAAGGGCACAUCCGUUGAAGGCAAACUAAAUGAGCUGUUUGUUGGAAAGAUGAAAAGCUAUAUCAAAUGCAUAAAUGUUGACUAUGAAAGUGUGCGGACGGAGGAUUUUUGGGAUAUUCAAUUAAAUGUAAAAAACAUGAAGUCUUUAAAAGAAUCUUUCGAAAAUUACAUAGAAGUGGAGUUAAUGGAUGGAGAAAAUCAAUAUGCAGCUCAAGAUUUUGGCCUUCAAGAUGCCAAGAAAGGUGUCGUAUUCGAAGCAUUUCCUUCCGUACUGCAUUUACAAUUGAAGAGGUUCGAGUAUGACUUCAACUAUGAUCAGUUGAUUAAAGUGAAUGAUCGUUAUGAAUUUCCUGAAAGUAUUGAUCUCUCUCCAUACAUGGAUAAAGAUGUCUUGAAGGCAACCCCUGGUCCUCGCAUCUAUAAUUUGCAUGGCGUUUUAGUUCACACAGGGGAUAUAUCAACCGGGCACUAUUAUGCAUUGAUAAAACCGAAUACUGCAGACCAAUGGUAUAGAUUUGAUGAUGAAAGGGUUUGGAAGGUUACUAGCAAGCAAGUUUUUGAUGACAACUUUGGUUUCGAUAGGUUACCAGACGAAAAACUUCGUACUAUGACUCGGGAACAGUGUCAAGAAUACUUAGUUGCCCGUCAUACAAAUGCUUAUAUGCUUGUCUAUGUGGAAGCCAGCAGGGAAGAUGACUUGUUGCAACCAGUUACUGAAACAGACGUACCUGAGCAUGUUGUACGCAGCGUCCAACAGGAAAACACUGAACGUGAGGCAAGAGAGAAAGACAUUAGAGAAGCUCACUUAUACACUUCAAUUCGUGUCAAUUCUGCAAAAAAUUUUAUUCAUUACGAGGGCUUCGAUAUUUGUCCAAACAUGCGCUCAUCUACAUACUCGCCAGAAUUGAAUUCAGAGGAUGCAUCAUCAAAGUUGUUGAGGAUAACUUCGAAAACUUAUAUGAAAGAUGUCUACAAAAAGCUUAAUGAGCAGCUAGGCAUACCACAUGGCAAGAACGUUAGGUAUUGGAAGAUGGGAUUUCGUAGGAAUGCUACUCUACGUCUAGAAGAGCCACUACCCCCAGAUAUUGAAGAAAUGACGCUGGAAGAUAUUUUUGAAAAUGAGAGCACUGGGAGAGUAUCGGCUUUAGACAUUUUUGUUGAAGAGCCGUAUUUGGACCUAAACUUUCUGGUGAAAUUAAAAAUUUCGGGUGUUCUGCCAUCCGUUUGCCUAACUGAUGAAUUGAUUGAUAAUUUAAGGGAGAAUGUCACAAAGCUUGUCUCUCAGGAUGAAAUACCGCUAAUUAAUGCUGAUUUGAACUCCCAACUUAUUUUUUUGAAGAAAUUCGACCCACAGUCGCAGUCAUUAAAAGGCUUCGGAUAUUGUACAGUAAAUCAAUUAAGUAGUGUAUCAACUCUUACCGAUGUUGUGAAUGAAAUUAACGGUACAGUGGGGCCACUGGAGUUUUAUGAAGAGUUGCAACCAGGGUCCAUUGAGUUAGUUCCAAACCAGGAGAAAUUUUAUGCUGCCGAACUGUCAUCAGGAGAUAUUUUAGCCUUCCAAACCAAAUCGGAAGUACCUAAAGUACUUCCGGUAUACAGGAACCUUCUUGAUUUUUAUCAGUAUUUGCGGCACAGAAUUAAGCUUACUUUUACGAAAGCUGAGGAAUCAACAGAGGAGUACGUUAUACAGAACUCUUCUCCAGAGAGUUUUGAGUUUUGGAUAUCAGCACAUGCGACAUACACAGAAGUUUCCAACGUAGUUGCACUGCAUACUAAUGUACAAGCGGAAUACCUUAAGAUUUUUGCUCUCUACGCUAAUGGUAGAUUCCCAAUGAAAUCAGACUCGGUCCUCAGCGAUUAUAUCGUUAGAGAUUAUAAUUGCGAUGUUAAGCCAUUGUUUGAAUACGAGGUUUUAUCUGUGCGCUUAAAAGACCUAGAACAUUUAAGAUCUUUGAAAUUACACUGGCUCAGAGAUAGUUAUAUCCACUAUCAGACUUAUGAAUUCAAAGUGAAAAAUGAUUGUACGGUAAAGGAGUUUUUAGACAAAAUCCAAGCGAAAAUAGGUUUCUCUGAUGAGGAAAAAGGUAAUAUUCUACUUUGGACAAAUUAUAAUUUUCAAUUUCAAGGCAUAUUGUCAGAAAACAGUACAAUGAAGAGCAUAGGAAAAUCUGUUCUGCUAUUUGGCCGUAUUCUUCCACAAGAGCUAGCUCUCGUUAGACAGAUGGACAAUUCUGCAGAAAAUGCAGACAAUGACGCUAUCGACGAGGAAGACUUGGGAACUGUAGAAAAUGAUGACCAAAGUAUAAAAGGGCGUUUAGUGGCAGUGGUUCAAUACUUCAAGGAUAUGGAAAAUAGGCAUGGUAUUUCGUUUUUAUUUGAAUUAUUACCUAAUGAAACAUUUUCUGAAACUAGGGCAAGAUUACAUGAGAAAUUUGGCCUGGGGCAAAAAGAAUUUGCAAAAAUCAAAUUGGGCAUAUCGUUCAGCACUCCCACAGGAACCUCUUUCAGGCAAUUGCAAGGCUAUUCUGAAGAGGAGCUUGGAAAGCUUGUUUUGUACAACGUCAUGAGCAGCUUGGACUGCAUAUAUAUGGAUCAUCCAGAUAGGUUGAGAUCUCAAAGUGCGCAUGAUAGGCCAAUGGUCAUCAAAAACUGA